UUGUGACCACACGAGCUGACAGCGGACUCUGAAGUGUCACUGAAGAUCUAACACUUCAGCCACAAUUUUUUUUGUCAGCUGCAACGUGUCUGGACAGUUAUGACACUUUUUGUGAAGUUGAACAGUCUGCGUGUGUGGGAUAGGUUAUUUUAGUGGCUUUCACGAAGUGCGGUGUAUUAGAUGGCGAGUUUAAUGGACUAGGGGACUAUAGGAAAUGUGCAGUCUAACCAGAUCUGUUUUUCAACACUUGAGGUAACCAAAGUUUUCUGGUUUUUGGAGUCCCGUUUGGUCAGUCAGUGGGUGGGAAUGCAGCAGGAGCGUUUGCUGAAAGUGCUGGUCAUCGGAGACUUAGGCGUGGGCAAAACGGCCAUCAUCAAGCGCUACGUCCAUCAGGUCUUCUCCCAGCACUACAGAGCCACCAUCGGGGUGGACUUCGCCCUGAAGGUCCUCAGCUGGGACCACAAGACAGUGGUCCGCCUGCAGCUCUGGGACAUCGCCGGUCAGGAGCGCUACGGCAACAUGACACGUGUGUAUUACCGGGAAGCGGUGGGGGCCCUGGUUGUCUUCGACAUGACCCGAGCCUCUACUUUCCAGGCUGUGCUCAAAUGGAAGGGUGACUUAGAUUCUAAGGUUACCCUUAGCAACGGUCGCCCGGUGCCAGCAGUUCUACUGGCCAACAAGUGUGACCAGCAGAAACACGGCCUGUGUGCCAAACUGCCCAAACUGGAGGCUUUCUCCAGAGACCACGGCUUCAUAGGCUGGUACGAGACAUCAGCAAAGGACGACAGAAACAUUGAUGCAGCCAUCAUGUGUCUGGUAGAGAACAUCAUGGCGAGUGAUGUUGAUAACACUCCUGUAGACUCAGAUCCUAGUCUAGUGAUCCUGCCUGCGUUUGACUACAACCUGCGUGAGCGCUCUAAUUCUGGCUGCUCCGCCUGCUCUAGACUGCGCUCGCCUCCCACAGACAAUAACGAAUUUUAAGAAAACAUGAAACAAGUCACACAGGAAUUGGUGUAAAUAUGGUGCAAAUAUGCAGUAGGUUUUAAGAUAAUCAGAGAGGGCAUAUCAAAUGUUCUAUUACAAAUCUAGCCUGAAAUAUUAGUUGUUUCAGAACGCAAUGCUGCACUACAGAAAAUUACAUAACAUGACAAAAUAUUAAGUGCUGUUUUUUGGUCAGA